AUGGAACAGACUCUGAUGUCUAGCCCUCUGGGGCAUUCAGAGUGGGAUCCAGAACGCAUACCCUCCCAUGGAUUCCUCCUCAUGGAUUCAGACAAAGGAGCCAUACUGCCUCAGAGAGAAAGUGGUCAGACAGGUUUGGAUUUCCAGAAAGUCGACCAGGGUGUAUCUCUAAGCCUGGAAGAGCUUUUUCAGGAGAACGCCUUAAAUUUAGACAGCCUUUUCAGGACCUCCAGUUACUCUGGUAGAGAUCAGAUCUUGCCAUGGAAGGGAUAUCAAUCGAAUCAUUCCCAAGAUGUUCCCCUGGGUAAACCUGCAGAGGUAUCGCCUCUCAAAUACAAAAUUGAGGAACAUAACAAUGUCAGUGACAGUCCUCUACCUGGGCUGUUAUUCUCCAAAAUGGCUAAUUUGUUCAGGGACAACUCAGCCUGCGAGGAACAAAAUCCACCUGUGGGUGACAGAGACCCUGUUACCUGUCACAGGGAGCUGAUAACACUCAGUAAACCUCCUUCUACUGUGAAGGUUUCAGAUAGGACUCCGGAUACCAACGCUGAGGCUUCCUCUUUAUUGGUAGAUCACCUCUCAUCUGAACACUCCCCUUUUUCCCCCGGCCCUGCUCCUUCAGGUGAGGUAAACCCACAGGGUGUCAGUGAGAAGCUUUUAUUCCCGUCAAUGGAUGAGGACAGAGGCCUCCCUCCUCCCUUGCAGGGUGGGGAGUCUGUGCCACCUGAAACUGGGGACAAAGGUUUAUUCCUGGGACCUGUGACUGAUCUGCCCACGGUCAGUAACAUUACCCCAGAAGGUUUACCUGAGAGCAGCCUCUCACAAAACGCCAUCCCUUUUGAUUGCCCUAGCCUAUUGCCAGAGGUUCAGGUGGGAUCUGUGCCUUUGCUGGAUCUGGAGGUUCCCGACUGUGGCCUCAGCCUCUGCCCUACUCAUCUCGACUCACCUACCUGCACAGGUGCUACAUCAGAUUCACCUGCAGAGGAUUCAGAGCAGGAACACACGCUAGCUACUGCAAUCCUGACUCUCUCGGACCACAUAGGUGAGGGGGACUCGUCCCUCUUUCUGAACUCCUCACCAUUGAUUGAACCCCUGUCACCAAAAGUCCUCUCCGACAGAGAUGCUUCGAUCCUGGGUCACCUGCCCAGUGGCUGCAGCUCGGAGGAGAAUGGCCCCCAGGAUUUGAUGGAAGACAAAGUGAUCUUUGAUGUUACCAAACAUGAGGGAGAGGAGGAAAUGGCUCUGGAUCAGUGCAUUACCUCAGAUGCGCUGCGCGAUGAGGAAACUUGGCACUUGAAACCACCCGAGGCUAUACAGGGUGACUGUAUUCCUGCUUUACAAACUGAACAGAGUGAUGGGGAAAGGUUGGCAGACUUGGACCUGUUUGCCGGACCCACGGAUUGUCACAAACGGGAUAGUUUUGAUUACCCUGUUCUGGAGUUGAAUGGUUCGUCUUCUGAGUCUGGAUGGACUAGUGAACAAGCAGUGGAGAAUCUGUCACUCUCUAAGAUGGUGGGGUCUGACUCCAUGCCCGUGGUUCCCAUAGUGAAUCGGAGAGAGAAAGACCCGUCACCUCUGAUGGCCGUGUUUGACGCUCUGGACCAGGAUGGGGAUGGAUUUGUACGCAUUGAGGAGUUUAUGGAGUUUGCUGCUGCCUAUGGGGCUGACCAGGUGAGACACACCUCUUUUAGAUUUUUGUCUGUGUGUUGUUUUUGCUAUUCAGUUCCCAGUCAGUUGACAAUGGAGUAUAAGGUCAUGGUGAAUUGGCAAUCUGAAAGGGUUCGGUAUGCUUGUUAACCUAGAGAUCAUGAGGCUCAUUCUGUCUAAAUGACUUACUAUUGAUUUUCCACGUUACUUUAGAGAGCUUCCUUUAAAAGCUUAGUUAAUUACAUAAACUGAAAUCCAUCCCUCAGAUGUCAGUGUUUCCUCUAAGGGUGAAAGGCUUUUAUUUGUAGGCUAUUUUGUAACAAAGACUAGGCAGCCAAGCAAACUGGUAGGCGUCUGCUAAUGCUCAUUAUCACAACCAGUUUCAGAUAGAGUAAGAGGUGCCUAGAUUAUAAGCUUCAGGUAAAAUUUUCUCACAGAAUAGGCAUAUACUCUUAUUUGUUCAAAUGCUUUGCUUUUCUUUUCCUUGAAGAGGUAG